AUGAAAGUCGGCCUGCACAUUCACCUUGCUCAUGAUGGCACUCCAUGUCCCAGCAGCACUAAAUACUCAUCAGACCUCUUUGAAUGGUCAGAUACCGAUGAAAACAUAGACCAUGAUGAUUAUCCAGAGGGAACUUCCAUUCCACUUGUAGCAGACUCAGAUCAUCCGGCUACAACCAUAGUGGACAAAUCCGGUGUUCACUCCCUAUCGAUAUGGUAUUGCCACUGCCCCGGAGCUCUAAACCCGGAUAUGCAGCUGUUUCAAGCAGGCUUGUUUCCAGCAUCCUUCACCAGACCAAAAACUGCUUUCACAUUCUCCAUCUUGGACGACUUUCUGCUAGACAACCUCAAAUGUGGUACAUCAGCCAUGAAUUACUACAGUAAGAUCCGGAGGCUAACCUCCAGCAUCUUUCCAUUGAUGGAUCGCUACAGAGAGCUCAUGAGGACUGCCAGACAAUGGCGUCAAUGUAAGCUCUACAAGUGGCAUGGGUUUGCCCAUAAAAAUGAUGAGCCUAAGGCCGGUGAUCUCGCCCUAUUUUGUCCUGCAUGUCCUCAACCGGGGAUAAAUUUGGACCUGUCAACCGGUACGGCCAUUCAGCCUAAUGACACCCCUUCCUGGCUCUUCACCCGGACUUUAGUCAUGGAUGGUAAUUUUAAAGCCGAGCACCUACAUCCGGUGAAUCCAUCUGAUGAAGUAUCAUUGAUGGAUGGUCUUGCAUUCAUGGUUGGAGAUGAAAGAUACAAGAGUCAUUUGUCUGUUGCCCAAGACCGGGUCCAAAAGUCAGAUUGUAACAAUCACCACGCAGUCAAUCAAGCAAAUGCCUCCCGACAAAAGCUAGAGGCCACUGGUAUAGGAGGAUGUGCAUGUGCAUGGCAUGGAUGUUUUGUCCCACAUUCCAUGGUGGAUUUUCAGAAGGGUGAAAGGCAGAUGAACAUGGACUAUGCCUUGAGUCAAGCUCUCAACUACCAUACUAAUGGAAUCUCACGAGCAAUAACGUUCUAUGAUAUAAAUUGUCAGUAUAAUAAGUUUCUCAAGGACCGGAUCACAUCCAGCAUGUAUCUGUCCAUCCCCAUUGGCAUGGAUAUCAUUCCUGGAAUAGCCGGGGGCAUGGGAACUCCGCAUCGCAAGGAGGUGUUGGAUUAUCAGAUGAAUGAUUCCAACUUCAUGAAAAUGAUUCGCAUAACCAAGUUUCUUUGCAGAAAGUUCAAAGAGGCUGCCCAGGGUGCUGCAGAGAGCAAACUCUCAUUCCAAAAUCUUAACGAGACAGUUCAGCCUGCCAUAGUCAUUCUUUGGGAGGCAGAGGAGGCUCUUGCUCAGGCAAACAGACUGGAGGAUCCAACAGCCAUGGACAUUUAUGAGGUGCGGUUGGAAAAGGGCAAAGAUGUGAAAAGGCUCGGAAGGCAUCCUACAGACAUUCAAUUGUUGACAGUAGCCCGACUCAGGGAUAAGCUGCAAACUCGCAUUAAUAGCUUUCUUGAGAUGGCACCUACUUAUCUUGGAUUUGCGGUUGAUGCCAAUGAACUGGAUUCUCUGGUAGACAGGGUCCAUGAUUCACUGGAUGAAGAUUAUUCUGAUCUCGAUGAUCACAAUCACAAUCCAGACCCGGUGAAGGUACAACAAUUCAGAUGUAGAACUGGUGAAAAGGUAACUUUAUUAUGUCAGGCCAAUGAUGCCCUUCAUGCAAUUAGAGUUCAUUUGGGAGAUAAAGCUGUUAUAUUCCGGAAUACUAUCUGGUCAGCCAAGUCACAAGCCUCCUCCACUAGGGCAUGGACUCAGCUAGCUAAACUCCCUGAUCAUGACCUCCUGAAGAAAUAUCUUCCACUAAAGAAAGAACACCUGAAGGCAAGCACUGCAGUUGCGGAUCCAAAUGCACGUGGCCAGCGGGACACUACUCUCGCAUGGUUCUGGUCAAUAAAUGUUCAGGGUGACACAUCCAGAAAUGACUGGAUGACAGAAUUCAAUUGGCUCCGGACAAAGGCCCUGUGCAAUCGUUGGAAUGAAGAGGUCAUUCUUAUCAAACAUGAAAUGCAGUGGUCUAUCAAUUUCUUUACCUACAAGGCCAAGCAAUGGCUCAGUCUCAUGGACAAUGCCACUUCCACUGGGCUGACUGGACAUGCAUGUUAUGCUGCCCGACAAUGUCACAUAUAUCAACAACUAGCUGCACAUGCAGCGGAGUCUUUUCAGAAAAUGAUUCCAGUAAUUUAG